CUGCUUUUGUCUUUGUUUUCUGCCAAGUUUGCCCAUUUUAGAUAUGCGUGCACACAUAAUGUUUGAGCUCGGGAUUAAUACUGUGGCGGGAAACAGAUUCGUUCUGUUCAAGUGUGAUCCUGUUUACGUCCUAUAUUGAAGGAAUCUCCCUUCACAAUUAAGCUGCUUUCGACUGAAAAUAAAUUGCAUUUGGACCAGUAUUUUCAGCCUUUAUCCCAAAGCUGGGGAGUGGAAGUUUAGGUUGGCUUGUAUAAGUCGUUUGUUUAAAAAAACAAAAUAAAAAAAAAAUCCCUGCAUCAUCUGCUUCACUGCCUGCUUUGACUAGUCAGUCAUCUGGAAUACAAAAUCGAAGUACUGGGCAUAAUGCAAAUGAGUUUUCUUACAUCAGAGUAUCCCUGAUACUGAAAUUGCUUAACUCCAAUGAAUACUAAAAAAGAUGAUACUGAAUUUUCAUUUGGUUUAAAGGUGUGGAGUAACUAUGAUGUACUGCUAUAUCUACUAAUAUUUUAAGCAAAAUACCGUGACGUUGGUUACAGUGGUUAUACAGUGGUACUGAUUAUAUUUAUGGAUUGCCAUGUGAUUGUGUUGGGUUUUAAAAUACACCUAAGGUUUUACAGCCAUGUUCAUUUCCCCUGUUGUGUUUACCAUGUUACCGAUGUGUGUUCGGUGGCUGAUGGGUUAUUGUUCUUGUAGACGCUGUCAAAGUCCAAGCUCAUGUGUGACUUGAGAGUCUUGGAAAUGGAAAUCUCUGCUCACUGUCUUUGAAUAUUAUUUUCCAAUGUAAAAUAUGUAAAAUAUAUGGGCUUUAAAAAUGACAAGAUCACACACAACCAUUCUUGUGUUUGAAAAGAGCAGUUGGAGUAUUUGUGUCGUCAUGAGGAUUGAUUUGAUCUUAGUGCUGAUAUCAGGUGAGAUUUAUUGGUCUUGGAAAUGAUCUUUUCUCACAAAUUUUACAACUGCAGCUUACAUGCGUAUAAAUAUGAUGUUCAAGAAAUUAAUUAAUGGGUUAUACCAUCGAUUCCUCUGAUGUCGGUCAUAUGGCAUGCAAAAUACAAGUAAUAAUAGGAAAGUGAAUAAUUCCUAAAUUAUUCACGUUCGAACCCUCAAGCUUUUAUUUUGUCUGAAUACUGUUGUAAUCCUGUAAACUGUCCUCAGAAAUGUUGGAGAUUAAAUGUGCAAAUAAAGAGAAGCUCUCAGAACUGUGCAAACCUACUCACGAGCUGUUCACAUGAACGCUUGGAAUUCUUCUUGCAAUUCUAUUUUUGGUUUUAAUAAACUCACAAUUCUCAGAAGAAAAGUGUGAGUUGUGAUGUAUAAAGUGCAAGUGCAAGAAAAAAGAAUUGUGAGAUAAAAAGUCACAAUAACUUUUUAAAUUUUGUGUUUUGUGGUGGAAAGCAAACAAAAAAACUAAAUCAGAAUUGUGAGAAAAGAGUUUAUAUCUCGCAAUUCUGAGUUGCAAGGGAAAAUAUGUCAGAAACCUUCUAGACGUUGCCUCUGAAACCUCAUGGGAAAACCUGCAUAGAGUGUUUUAGAUGUGAUUGCACCCAGCUCUGAGCUCCGGUGUGAACUCUUAUGUGUUUUACUUUGUGUCUGAGAAAAUGAACUGGACCGAAGCGCAGACCUACUGCAGACAGCAUUACACCGAUCUCGUCACCGUAAAUGACCAGACGUACAUCGAUGAGCUGUUACAAUCUCUACCCAGUGGUUUUAGCAGUAUGAUGUGGAUUGGACUCUAUCGGACGGAUGAGUAUUUUCCCUGGGUCUGGGUCUGGUCCGAUGGGAGCAAAGCCCUCUUCACACCGUGGGAUUAUUCACAACCAAACAAUGUUGGUGGCCAACAGUACUGUGUAUGCAUGUCUACUAAAGGAUACUGGAGCGAUUGGUGGUGUACAGAUAAAUUACCAUUUCUGUGCUACACCGAGAAAAAGAGACAGAUGGUGAGAUUGGAGGUAAAAUCAAGCCAAAAUGUGAAUGAUCCUGCAGUGAAGAAUAUGAUUUUGGCAAAGCUAGAACAGAUACUGAAGGAGAAGGGUCUGACAGAUGCUAAGCCCUCGUGGAGGGAGAUUUCUGGAGAAAAUGUCUUCCACAAGAUGUGGUAUCAGAAGAGUGAUGCUUCUGAUGCGUCCUGCAAGAGAACCAUCAACUGACCGUCUCAUAAUAGCAUUUAUUGUGUAGUUUUAGAUGCUCUCAGAAAAUGUGGCUCACUGAGACGUUGGUAGAUGGAGCUGUAUGUACACUUCUCUACUAUCAGGCUAUUUUUGUAUUAAAUGCAAAAAUACAAUUAUUUAGAGAUUUUGUAUAACUAUAUUUUAAAACACAAUCACCCGUAGAUCUUAUGCUGACUGUCCUAUUAGCCACGUUUAUCUUGUUGUGUGACUAUCUGGAGUCAGGUUUCUAUCAAACCUGUUAGAUCUCUAUAUAAACAAACACUAACAAUUUUGGACAAGAAACCAAAUAGAUAGCAUCAUUGUAAAAUUAUAUAAAAACAUAGUUUGCUUAGUUAUGAAAAUUCUAUUGAUUUGUCUUUUAUUAAAAUGUUUUUUUAAAUGUGUAAAUAAUCUUGCUCAUUCUUAAUAUGAGAGUUAAUCAGAAUUGCACAGUAGCAAAGAAAAAGUACAUUUGCACAAUCCACAUUUUGAGUUCAAGGUGCACUGCUUUGGAGCAGCCUUCCAACUGAACUGGAAAUGAAAAACAGAGUUGAACAUUUAUCAAAGAAAUUUUAAAAAGUGGUUCAAACAAAAGCAGGUUUGUGAACACUGAUGGUUGUACACAGUUUCAGCUUUUCUUCCUUCUUUUUUUUUUUACUUUCUCUUCGUUUUUCAUGUGAUUAUUGUUUUACUGUUGUUACAAAAGCCCAGCGAGGGACUGGGGCUGCAAAUGAGCCUUUGGCUAGAAGCCUACUGUAUAUGUGGAGCAUCGGCUGCUUGAAAUUGUAGCAAUGUUAUACUGCAUUGUCCGUUAAACUAAUAAAUAAAUACAUUUUGAAUGCUUCUUUUGCAUUGUUAGAGUUGGUUUUUGAAUGUUGCAGGUGUGUAAACCUCUCAAAAUAAAUGUAAACUGGAAAGCAAGUUGACACUUGUCCUGUAGGGGGACCGCAAUAAAACAUAACAAAAAGAAAAAGAGUUCUUGUUAUGC